AACGUCGAAAUGUUUUUGUUGUUUUGUUUUGACCGAAACGAAUAGUCGUGUUUGACGUAAUCAAGAAUUGUAAAAAGGAUAACAAGUCCUAAAGCAAUGGAUUCAGCACUGGCCGGCCAACAAUUUGCCGUUUAUCAAACGCGAGUGCAGCGAUUGUAAAGUGUAUAAAAUCUGCAUAACAUCCUCACAAAGUUCGGGCGACUGCGACGCAGUGGAAGUGACCCAUAGAUACAUGCAUACAUAUUAGGUAGUGAAAAGUGCAAAUGUGCAUUUGAGAAGCGCAGGAAAAAAGGACAAAUUUAUAAAUAACAUACCUACACCCGAAACAAGUUAAAAAACUUUGGGGACGUUGAUUUUCUCCAUUAGUUUGUGGCAAAAAGUUUGGUGGAGCUAGUCGAAGAUUUAUAUGAGAAAUUUCAAUUAGAUUUAGCCAGGGACGGGGGCCACUUACUGCUUAGCAGUCGGGAUGCCAGUGUUAUUACCACUGAGACGCAUAUUUCGGAGUUACCACCGGAAAUUUUGUUGUACAUACUGCGAUGGGUCGUAUCGACGCAGUUGGAUAUACAUUCUUUGGAGCAAUGCGCCGGCGUUUGCAAGGGAUUGUAUUUGUGUGCGCGAGACGAGGAACUAUGGCGAUCGGUUUGCACAAAAGUUUGGGGAGCUGAUCUAGGCACCUUGGGCGAACCAAUACAGCAUACACAAGCAGACGAUUUAAUUGAAUCAGUAGAUACUACACCUAUGGUGUACACAUCUUGGCGACAAAUGUUCAUUAUGCGCGAACGCGUAAUCUUUAGUGGCUGUUACAUAAGCAAAACAACAUACUUGCGUAUGGGCGAGAACAGCUUCCAAGAUCAAUACUAUCGCCCUGUGCAGCUUGUCGAAUACUAUCGCUACGUACGAUUUUUGGGUGAUGGACGUGUGCUUAUGAUGACUAGUGCUGAUGAGCCUGCACAGGGCGUGAAUAAGCUCAAAAAUAUUAAUCAGCUACGCCCAGAAGUGUUAUGUGGUCAUUAUCGCCUCUAUGGCGAUACUAUAACUAUCUUGCUAAAGAAACAGCAACAACAAUUGCAUAGCAAUAAUUCACAUCAAUAUGCGCGCCAUCGACGCAGCAGCAUGGCUACAUUCAAAGAAGAGCCAAACUGCACAAAAUAUUGCAUUGAAUUUCGUAUAACGAAUACAACAAAGCGGAAGUAUGCGCGUCUAUUGUGGGCACAAUAUUCGGUUGUACAGACGCGGAACAAAGUGGAGACUUCAUCACAAUUUGACCUCACACCAUCAAAGUAUCCGCCCUUGUGGUUUUCACCAGUGCGUAGCUAUCACUUGGACACCGAUGCACCUCUUUCUUAAGACAUCGUGUGUUGGUGCGCACGAGUUACAAAUUUUAAAAUUUUGUGUGUGCGAGACCUGGUCAUGCAUAAAUAGUUAUUUUAAGAUUUAUAAUGGAUUUCAAGGGUUGCUAUUGAUCUACUGAACACAUAUUUAUGUGUUACAUGCUUUAUGCUCGUGCAUUAUAUACUUACACUAAUUGUAGAGGCUGGUGCUUCAAGCUUAAUUUUGUAGAAUUUUAUUAUUUUAACUAGAUGUAUUCUCCUGGGACUAAGUUUCCUGAGGGCUCUUGAUACUAUUAAAGUAAUAAAAUAAUACAAAAAGCCAUAGUUACAAGCUUGGAUGAAAGUUUGAAGGAAAGAUUAAGCUGACAUUAUAGAGGCGCAUGUUGAAAAGCUAAACAUUUGAACAUGUACAAAUCAGUGUUCGUAUGGAAUAGUAGCUUAUGUCAGGAAGCUGGCUUUAGUAUAAUGCGGCUUUCCCUUUAUUAUUUAAGCGUCAAGGUAUUUUCUGAUGAGACUUAAUAAAGGGGGCUACUCUGUAAUGCGAUACGAAAUAGCAAUGCGAUGCGAUAGGCAAAUACACCGUGAGUAAUACGCUGUGCGAUUGCCUAUCGCAUCGCAUUUCUCUUUCGUAUCGCAUUACAGAGUAGCCCCCAAGAAUAUUGACUUGCUAGUAUCGGAACUAUUUCUUGCACGUUUAUUUUCCCCGGGCCGGAGUUCACAAGCGGACAUCGUGCUCUGACUCCGGAGUAUAUUUUAUAAUAAAACAAGUGAAAUAUUA